GGUUGCCAUGACUCAAGUGAAAGCUAUCAUCUAAGGAAGUUCAUCUGAGACACACUAGUCUGACCACACCAAACAGAAGUGUAUACAAGCCUGUUUCCAAGUACCGUCUGUUUAUUUUACAAAUGUGAUCCAUUCUUGAAAGGACGAUAAAAAUGUAAUUAAUAGAUAGUUUGAGGUGGGGUGUGAUCAAAAAGAUUAUGAAGUCUUCACCGCUGGCAUGGAAUUGCCACAUAGUCCUGCCAAAUCAUUUCAGAUUCCAAGUUAAAACUGUACAGAUUACUCUGUAUCCCACCCCACAGUAACUGAUUGUGCAAUAGUCCAUUCACAUCCAGAAACUAGAAUACCAGCAGCUGGAAUAACUGAGACAGAAUCUUAAUUGAACCUCCUUCAGAUUCAGAUGACCGAGAAAAACCUGGUUUAGAUCAUUUGAGGUCAUGCAGGAUUAGUCCAUCUUGCGCAGAGUUGACUCAAAAGGAGUGUACAAGACUUUCCAAAUGCAAACCCAAGGAUAAUACAAGUAUGUGAAACAGUCAUCUGGAUGAACAUAAAUGGACAACUCCUGAAUCACAAAGAUGACACGGUCUCAGGACUUGCUCAGCAACAACAUGAAAAGAAAUGCCAGGAGAGAAGACAAGAGCAGCAUGUCCUUGGUGUCGGUAUCCACAGCAUCUUCCAACUUGUUUGAUCCAUCACAUCACAGAAACAUUGUUUUAGGUCAUUGUAAGCAAUUUCCUGCUCAGAUGUCCUCCCUGCUACAGGAUUCAAACACUACAGUUUCCACUGAAAAUCAGUCUGCAGAUUUAAUAAACAGUAGCAUUACUGAUGACCCCAAUAAAACCCAAAGUGAAUUUGCAUUGUCCAGUCAAGGUUGUUCACAACUCGAAAGUGAUGAAAGACUGUUGAGUCCUCAACAAAAUACAGAGUUACCCUCACCUCAAACAAAGGCAUUGACUCUGGACUUACUGAGUCAAACAUCAGAAGACACCCCAUAUAAUGAGACUGUCAUACCCGAGUCCUAUCCAGUAUUGCCAGGGUCAAGGUCCCCUCAACUUGAACAGUUUAUACAAGAUACCCUCAACCCAACUUUGUCAGAAUCCAGUGAUGAAAGCCCUGAAGCGGGAGAUGGUUACUUUAAAAUGGUGAAGCCUUCCACUUUUGAAGCUCUUCCACCUGAAAAGCUUUCUCCUACAGAAGAUACAAGUAUCCUCAGGGAGAGUGUGCCAUCUCUUACAGCGUGUACGGAAGAUACUAAUCAAACAGAUGUAGGAGUCACAACACCUGCACUUUUCCAGGAAUCCAUUCAAACAGGACCUGAAGUAGUCCCAGUUCCUCUGGAUCAAACAAAAGCCUUUGAGGUGAAAGAUAAUUUAUCUAUCUGUAUAUCGUCAACUGAAUUUCUUAAUACCCCAAAAACCAAUCAAAGCCCAGAUUGCAAUAAGGAACUCUCAUUCGACUCAAGUUUUACCUUUAAUGUAACUCACGAUAGUAAAUAUGAUGAUGAUGAUCAUCAUCAUCAUGAUGCUGCAGAGACAUGCUCUUCAUCGUCUUUGUCCAAAGUAUCUGCAAAGAGUCACAUGGCUGAGGAACAUGAUGCAGAUCUUAGAGAGGAAGGGUCUACAACUGGCAUUCAUCAAGAAUUGCAUGAAUCAAACAGAUCAUCCGAGGGUGUGGAAGAAGAAACCUCAGUGAAAAGUCUCCAAGAUCAGCUUCCGUAUAUGUUUGGUGACAUUUCAUUGGAAUCCCUUCAGACUGAGGAUUCUUGUUCUCAGUCUCUUUCUGACUUGACUCCAGAAACGGUUACAUCAGCAAAGCAUUUCAGCUUUGGAGAACCAAUACCCUACCCUGGUGCUGAGAAUUAUGACCCCUUCUGGGAUGAGGACAGGACAGCAACAACACAGCAUUCAGGAGAAUAUCUGACUGUAAUCAGUGAGACUUUUGCCUCUGAGUCCUCUGAAUUGGAACCCAGAGCAGAAGGGUCAUCAUCCACCUCUGAUGAGGACUACUGCAUCCCACCUGGGUAUGAGGAGAUCUCUGUGAACUACAACCUAAGGCCUUCACAGGCUACAGAGGUUGUUCACAGUGACACAGACAGCCCAGUAUUUGAAUAUUCAGACCCAGAGUCUUACUUUGACUGCAAACAGGGUGCAUCAGAUUUCUCAGAGGUCGAGCCUGAUGAGCCAAAGACAGAAACCAGAUCAAGUGGAGAUCAACUUCAGGGUCAUUCCAUCCACACUGAAGAGAACAAUAAGAUGACUGAGAAAAGCCUGCUGUCCUCUGGAAGCGAAGAUUAUGAAGAUGCACCUUAUAUCCAAGACCAGUCUCAGAACUUUCAUAAAGAGAGCGAAGAAGAAUCAGUUCACUCUUCGGGAGCAUCUGAUGAAGAGUUCAGCCUGUGUGAGGCCUCGCAGCUGCUUCCCGACUGUGAGGCAGCAGCAGCAUGUACAGAUGAUAAUAACUCUCUAGCAAGGGUAAGAUGGGAUUUGGUGAACCACCUCAGCCAGUGCUGUGAUUAAACAAGUACCAUAUUUGCUUCAAAGAGGAAUGACUGCUCUUCAGUAAACCCAUGGCCACAUGGCUGAAUUUGAAAAGUCCUUCUAUCCCCCAUUUUACUUUCUUGACAGAAAUAAUCACUCCUCACAUGUCGCAUGUUGCUUUGUUUUGUGUCACACAGGCUGAGUUUCCCUCACACCAAAAA